AUGACAGCGAUUUUUGCUAAGCUGGAUCCCCGGUGGGUGCAGUGGGGGGACACCCUGUAUGGCUUCCAGUCCCGGGUCCUGCGAACAAAGCCUGUGGAGUCCAUGCUGGAUGGUGCAGACACCCAUGGCACCAGACUGGCUUGCGUCCUCACCACUGUGGACCUGGUUUCACUUGGUGUGGGCAGCUGUGUGGGAACUGGCAUGUAUGUGGUUGCUGGACUAGUCGCCAAGGAGAUGGCAGGUCCCGGGGUCAUUCUCUCCUUUGUCAUUGCUGCUGUGGCCUCCAUCCUGUCAGGGGUGUGCUACGCCGAGUUCGGUGUGCGGGUCCCGAAGACAACGGGUUCCGCCUAUACCUACAGCUAUGUCACCGUGGGUGAAUUCGUGGCCUUCUUUAUUGGCUGGAACCUGAUCCUCGAGUAUCUAAUUGGCACUGCAGCAGGUGCCAGUGCCCUUAGCAGCAUGUUCGACUCACUGGCCAACCACACCAUCAGCCAUUUCAUGAUCAACCACUUUGGCAGGCUCAAUGGCCUUGGCAAGGGUGAGGAGUCGUACCCAGACCUCCUCGCUCUGGUCAUUGCCGUUGUGGUGACAGUGAUUGUAUCCCUGGGGGUGAAGAACUCACUGGGCCUCAACAAUGUGCUCAAUGUUAUCAACCUUGUGGUGUGGGUCUUCAUAAUGAUUGCGGGACUUUUCUUCGUCGACAUCACUAAUUGGGACUAUGGCAGGUUCUUGCCGUACGGAUGGUCAGGGGUCAUGCAAGGUGCUGCCACUUGCUUCUACGCCUUCAUCGGGUUUGACAUUAUUGCCACCACUGGCGAAGAGACCAAGAGCCCUGACACCUCCAUCCCCUACGCUAUCACCGCCUCACUGGUGACUUGCCUCACAUCCUAUGUGUCUGUGAGCGUCAUCCUCACCCUGUUGGUGCCAUACAAUGACAUUGACGGUGAUGCACCCCUCAUGGAGAUGUUUGCUGUGCACGGCUUCCAAGCAGCCAAGUUUGUGGUGGCUGUGGGUGCCAUAGCUGGCCUGACAGCCAGCCUUCUGGGCUCCCUUUUCCCCAUGCCCCGGGUCAUCUAUGCCAUGGCUGGGGAUGGCCUGCUCUUCAGGUUCCUGGGGUAUGUUAGCCCCCACACAGAGACUCCGGUGGUGGCAUGCAUAGUGUCAGGCUCCCUGGCGGCACUGUUGGCCCUCCUGGUGAGCCUGCAGGACCUGAUUGAGAUGAUGUCCAUUGGUACGCUGCUAGCCUACACACUGGUGUCCGUGUGUGUCCUGCUGCUACGCUACCAGCCCGAGGGUGACUUAGAUGGUUUCACCGACUUCCCAACCGAUGAGGACGGCACGGGCGAGCGAAGGAAGAUGGGAGUGCCACCCGAGCACCAGGAGGGAGAAUUCUAUCAGGGUGGGGGCGAAGAGGAACAUAGCGGUUCACCCAUCAACACCUGCGGGGCCAAGAACCUGCCCUCAGGAGCCGAUGGCGAGAUGUUGUACGGUACGGCGGGAGAGGCCUCCGUCUUCGAGGCGGGUGACUCGGAUGGCGCCUGCAUCUCAGGACUAAAGCGUCUGCUGGGCCCGCGGUACUACACCCUGCGCAUGAGACUGGGCCUGCCAGGCAAGGCGGAGCGGCCCACACCCGCCACGGGCCGCACUGUUACCACCUGUGUGCUGCUGCUCUUCAUCCUGGCCUUCGUCAUGUUCAGUGCUGAGCAUGCUAUGGCUGGCAGCAGCUGGGCAGGGAUACCCGUGCUUGUGAUGGCAGUAGCUGCCACAGGGCUUGUCCUCGCUAUCCUGCGGCAACCUGAAAACCCCAGGAAGCUGCCCUACAUGGCACCCUGCGUGCCCUUUGUGCCUGCCUCUGCCAUGCUGGUCAACAUCUACCUCAUGCUCAAGCUCUCCAGGAUCACAUGGAUCCGCUUUGCCGUGUGGUGUUUUGCUGGUCUGCUCACAUACUUUGGCUACGGAAUGUGGAACAGUAGCUUAGAGGUACGGGCCCGACAGGAGGAGGCAACUGCCAGCUCCUACCAGCACUACAACGCCGAUGUGGACGACAGUUUCGCUGUGGAUCACAGCAGCCUUUACCCGCAAGAUGAUGGUACCCAGUACCAGGGCUGGGCUGCCCCACAGGAGUGUGGCUACCAGACCAACAGCCAGCAGCAUCAGCAUCAGUACCAGUACCAGCAUCCGGGUGGACGGGAGGUCCAGUAUGAGGAAAAUUACAAGAGUUAUGCCUCAUGA